AUGUCAACUAGUAAUACUACACAACCUCAAUCUGCAGCACCUACUACAACAACAACAACAACAACUGCAUCAGCAGCAGAAGUUAAUAAUAACAAUAAUACAACUAAAAUUAGUAAUGUACUUUAUACAAGUUUUCAUUUGAUUAUACUCGAUUCUUUUGUAAUAUUGCAACCAGAUUAUGAUGUAAAAGAUCCUCAUUCAAUAUUUAUCGAUAGAACUACUCUAAAGAUUGAAUCUAGACCAUUAGAGAAAUCACAUUUUACAGGGACGGUUAGAUCAAGUACAAGAGUAUAUGGAUGUUUAGGUAUUAUUAAUUUAUUGUCUGGACCUCAUCUCAUAUGUAUAUUGGAAAAGGCAAAGAUUGGUUCCAUCAGACCAAAUCAAAUCAUUCACAAGGUUACAAAAACAAUUAUCACUCCCAUUGCAAGAGUACCAAUUUCAUUAAAUGAUGAAGAGAAAAAAGAAGAAAAGAAUUAUUUAUCAAUGUUGACCGAGUUGUUGGAAUCAUUUGAUUUCUAUUAUUCAUAUGAUUUCGAUGUCACUCAUUCAGAACAAAGAGCUUCCGAUAUGGACUCUAAUCCAGAUCGUGCAUUAUUGCCAUUGUGGAAACGUGCCGAUCGAAGAUUCUUUUGGAAUCAUCAUAUGAUGCAAGUUUUUAUUGAAAAUGGUUUCGAUCAAUACAUCUUACCAAUGAUGGAUGGUUUUAUAAGAAUAAUAGAAUGUGAUAUCAAUUCAAACAAAUUUAAAUAUAUAUUUAUUUCAAGAAGAAGUUGUAAACGUACUGGAGCACGUUAUCAUAUGAGAGGUGCUGACCCUUUUGGAAAUGUUGCUAAUUUCGUAGAGACUGAACAAAUCGUUGUGUUUGAUGAAGUACUUACAUCGUUUGAUGAAGCAUUUCAAAAUCAUUUAAAUGAAUUAUUAUUACUUUAUGGACCACAAGUGAUAGUAUCAUUGAUAGAUCAAAAUGGAGGAGAGUUGGCUAUUGGAGAUCGAUUUGAAACCUACUCUCAUUUGUUUUAUAGUGAUCAACGUGUAAAAUAUGUUGCCUUUGACUUUCACGAAAAGUGUAAAAACAACAACGCCUCUGAAAAGAUUGAAUCACACGCAGCAUUUGAAUCACAAUUCAAGCAUGUUUGGGCAGACAAUGCAGACGUGAUGAGCGAGCAAUACACGGGCACUGUCGCACUCAAGACUGAUUACACACGUUUUGGAAAACGGUCGGUCAAGGGUACAAUGACAGACGGUGUCAAUUCAGUGCGUCGUUAUCUCAACAAAAACUACAAGGAUGAUGAUAAGCAGGCGUCUAUUGAUUUGAUGCUUGGCAAGUACUUGGUUGAAAAGUGGGAUCCCCUAGCUCUCAACGACGAUCUCUUGCAGCCGUCGGAUGACACGUCGAGCGAAGGUGGUAUUGCCCAAUUACUCGACUAUGACAUUAUCGUCAUUCCAGACGGCGACCUAACCAAGGUUGGCAUUAAUUGCUACCUACAUGUCACCAACAACAGUUCAUUCAUCAUUGUGAGCAAGUUUGGUGGCAGACGAAAAGAAUUCCGAUUCGACGCCAUCACAUUGUUGGAAAAGUCUCGACUACAUCAUCGUCAUUUAAAUAUCUACACGCAAGAUAGUCCAGCACCAGAGUGUAUCCAAUUCUCUUCAUCCCUACUACGUGAACAAUUCCUUCAAAUAUUGUAUCGUCAAAAUUUACCAAAAUGUUAUCCUCCAACUCUUCCCCCAAGUAUGAUUGUCUCACCGACCACCUCUACAAAGACUGAAACAAAAGAGACUGACAUUAAUAAUACUACUACAGUUGAAGUUGAUCAAGAAGGAGCAGAUGAUCCAUUGUCAGCAAUUUCACCAACAUUGCCACCUGCUGUUUCAAAUGAAUCAUUAUCAUCAACUAUGGCGCCAUUAUUACCACCAAGAAAGAGAAGAUUAUUUGGUUCAUUGGAUUGUUUUAUUGGAUCUUGGAAUAUGGAAAAUAUAACCAUUAAUAGUACUAUUUUGGCAGAGUGGAUUCCAAAGGGUAGAGAGAUGUAUUCCAUCUCUGCUCAACGAAUUGCAGGUGAUCGUCCAUCACCAGGUUUUGUAAUGAACUAUAAACAAUAUUGGUUUUAUUUGAUCAGACAAUACUUGGGACUAGAGUAUAUAUGUGUGGCUACUGCAGUCUCUACCAAUACAGCCUCUAUUGUAUUGAUUAAAAAGUCUCUGUCCAACACAAUCUCAAAUAUCAGUGUCACUCAUUUGAACAAGAGAUCUGCAUUCCGUCGUACCACUCAGGCAUCUACCAGUCCAACUGGAACAACUCCAACCAACUCUUCAUCUGGUAUAACCACUUCAUUCUCUCCCAAUCCAACACCACCACCAAGACCACCAAGAGAAGAUCGAGAUGAGGUAGUCAAUGUAUCUAGUAGUAGUUCUUCUUCUUCUUCAUCUUCUUCUUCUAAAUCAUUUUUUGGUAGUAAAUUAAUUAAAUUAUUGGAUAGUGGAAGUAAGACUACAGAUUAUAUGUUUAAGGAUAAAUACAAAGACAUUCAAUAUGGUACAUGUAUUUCAUUCUAUGUAAAGGAAACAUCGGUUUGUUUCCUAAACUAUUGUAAUAAUCAUAUAACUGGGACGAUGGACUGUUCCACAAUGCACGAUGAUCCAGCUGUUUUAUUCCUCAAAAACAAACAACAUAUUAAUGGAUCGAAUAGAUAUGUGUUUUGGGCCGGUGAUUUUGACUAUUCAACACUCAAGCUCAGUGGAUGGAAUGAAUUUGUUCCACUUUCGUCAGAGGAUGAGAUGGCUGGUCGUGGUGUGAUGUAUUGGCGUUCGUUGCCAUUGGUCGACUCGUUGGUAUUGGCACCCGAGAACAAGGUAUCGCCAACCACAAGUACCGGCUGUCUUUUCCCACCAGUAUCUUCGAUCACCUCUAUUCCAGUACUCACUCCCUACUCUUGGUUGUCGACACUGGACGUUCCAAGCUUUGUGGUAGUCAAGAAUCUGAUGGUCGAUCAGUUUGAACUAUUGUCAACCAACUCCAAGAUUGAUGCACACCUCGAAUUCAACUCUUACCAUCUUUUAAUCGACGACUCUACGAUUGCCAAUGCAGCUGCCCCAUCUAGCACUGCCACACGUGGCGACAGCGCCGCAGCGGCGGUUGCACAGGCCAAAGAUCCAAAUAGCGUCAACUCUAUCCAACUUGAAGGUAGCAUCAACAGUAUCCGCACAUCAACGGUGCGUGGAGGUGUCCCUGCGAUUGGAUGGAACGAUGUAAUCGAGUUGAAAUCCUUUAUCGAUGACAAAGACUAUCUCAAAACACAAUUUAUCCAAGUGGCUCUCUUUGACAAGGAUGUGUUGGUCAAUGACUCUUUGAUUGGAAAGGGUAGUAUUCCUCUUCGUGAAGCAUGUGGACACUCUCCAUUCCAUUUCAAGAUCACUCUAACCAUGCACGACGAGCAAAGUUGUGUACUCCAAGGAGACAUUCAAGUGUUUUCAAAAUCUGAAAUCUCCAAAAUGGUUGAAAUGGCUGCUACCAUUAACUUCCAACCACCUCCAGUCCCUAAUCGUCCAUCAAAAGCAUUAAACCACCGAUCACCACCAGAUACUCCAUCACCAUCAAACAAAUCACCAUUAUUAUCUUUUAUCCCACCCAUUUUCCCUACUUCUUCACCUUCUAAAUCUCCUUCUUUAAAUAGUCAAGAAAAUAUUGAUAAUAAUAAUAAUAAUAAUGGAGGAGGAGUAUUUAGUGGAUUAACAAAAAUGGUUGAUAAUUUAAAGGUUAGUGGUGAAUUUUUAAUUAAACCAUUUGUCAAUAAUAAUAAUGGUGGAGGAGUAGAACAAUCUUCAUCACCAUCACCAAGUUUACAAAGUCCUAUUAAAUCUCAAUCAUCAUCUCCAACCUUGUCAAAUUCAAUUGAUAAGAAUAAUACGGCGGAAAACUUUGAAGAUGUUGUUAUUUUGGAAGAAAAAUUACCAUCCAAUGAAAAUAAUAAUAAUAAUAAUAAUGAUUUACAAUUUAAUCAAGAGGAUUAA